AUCAUUGUCGAUUGAUUCACGCCCUAAAGCUUACAUUUGGGCAAUAUUUUAUUUAGUUGAAAUCACAUCUCUUUUCUUUCCGAUACCGUUUUAAAAUACUUAUACAGAACUUCAGUUAAAAAUGGGCACACUAAAAUUCUGUCCUCAUUAAUAGUUUUGUCAUCAAUUUACAAAGCGCGGUUAUAACAGUGACGGUCAACUAAUUAAACUCCAAAGAGUUAUUUGUGGUUACGACGUUAUGUGGUGGUUAAUUACAUUUAUAUGCGUUUCCGUAAACUCGCAGAUAAUACAUAGAGAAACUCACGAAAUUCGAUAUGAAAUUGCGGGUAUAUUCGAAAGCUAUGCUAAAACAGAACAGCGUGCAUUCGAAGAGACCAUGCGCCAGGCUCGGUUGGAUCCAGCGGAUCAGCUGUCUCUUGCAAGCCCCCAUGAUGGCAAAGCACUUCAAGAUUGGCGAUUAAAUCCCAUAAUAAUAGAGCCAUCCAGAUCUGAUAGUUAUUCGAUUUGGAGAAAGUUGUGCUCUAACACGAUGAUGCGUCCCAUAGUAAUAUUUGGUCCGCAAAUUCCAAUAUCUGACGGGGCCGUAAAGGAGCAAUGCGCUUUAGCAAAUAUUCCCCACAUCCAAGCCACGUGGAAACCACCAUUAAACCCCGACGCGCACCAGGAAAUUACAGAAAACAGUGAUGAAAAUCAAGAACCCGUGUUCAAAAAGAUUUCCAUCAACUUUUAUCCACCCGCAGACGAAAUUCUAUAUGCGUAUGCAAAGUUACUGAAGUUGUAUAAAUGGGAAAAAUUUGCAGUACUUUACGAAGAUGAUAUGGGGCUUCUACGAGUUCAGAAAAUUCUUGCUCACCACACAGACCAACAUCCAGUUACUGUAAAACGUCUAGACCCUAACAGUAAUAACUUUCCCACAUUUAAGCUCCUCAAUAAGUUUCAAAUAUACCGAAAUAUAAUACUGGAUUGUCAUGUCGAUCGUGUUAUCCAAUAUUUAACGGAAGCCAGGCAGGUUCAAAUGGUUACCCAUUAUCAGCAUUACAUCAUAAUAACAAUGGACGCAUCAACGGUGGCCGAAAAAUUGAAAAAUUUCAAUUCUAACGUGACAUGGCUAAGUAUAACUAAUUACGAUACCUUGCAAAACCACCACUUGGCCCAAAGAGUCGGGAAAUGGUUAGGAGAGACAAACAACGCGGUUCGCCCACCUGUAACGAGCUUUAAGUUUGAAGCUCUAAUAAUGGAUGACAUAGCAAAUCACAUUCUGAAAUCGUUACAAAAGGUAGACUCAAUCAAAUCAAACAAAUCGAGACCUUAUGAUGCUUUAUGCGAUCCCAACCUUUCUCCAUGGUCGUACGGUGCUCAACUUCAAGAUGAAAUAUUAAAGACAACAUCAACAGGAAUUUCAGGUCAUAUUGCAUUUAAUGAAAAGGGUCAACGAGUAAAUUAUACUUUGUAUAUAAACGAAAUCUACGUGUCUGAGUUGAAUACUGUUGGGUCAUGGGAUUCUGCUACCCAAGAACUUACGGAAGACAGGCCUGAGGAUGAUGAUGUUAAAUAUAAAAAAAACAGUAAACAUUUUAUAAUUUUAUCUCGAAAGACAAAGCCUUUCUUCAGCGAUAAGCAAUGUUUCAAAAAUAGUACCGAUUCCGAGUGUGAAGAAGAAACAGCAGAUGAAAAAUAUGAAGGAUUUGCCGUAGAACUCAUAAAAGAAAUUUUUGAUAAUUUGCGUAAGAACAAAUUUAAUUACACUUACACAAUUGAAAGUUACGAGCCCAAGAAAGAAGUCAAAAAUAAUGUGAUAACCAGAAAGUCUUAUGGAGUACUUGAUGAAUUAUUAAAUAAUAAAGCUGAUUUAGUUGUUGGUGACAUAACUAUUACUGAAGACAGGAAAAAGGUUGUGGAUUUUUCGGUGCCUUUCAUGUCAUUGGGAAUUAGUAUUUUAUACACAAAAGAAAAAGAAGUUCCACCAGGAAUGUUUUCGUUCUUAAAUCCUUAUACAUUCGAAGUUUGGAUGUAUACAGCAACAGCGUAUUGCAUUGUUUCAAUUCUCCUGUUUGUUUGCUCAAGAAUUUCACCGGAUGAUUGGGAAAAUCCGCAACCAUGCGAUAAGGAUCCAGAAGAAUUAGAAAACAUUUGGAACUUCAAAAACUGCACGUGGUUAACAAUGGGCUCGAUUAUGUGUCAGGGAUGUGACAUUUUGCCAAAGGCUGCAGGAACCCGUUGGGUAUGCGGUAUGUGGUGGUUCUUUGCAGUGAUUGUUUGUCAAACAUACAUAGCGCAACUUUCAGCUUCCAUGACUUCUGCUAUGGAGACUGAACCAAUUAAUAAAGUCGAGGAUCUAGCUAAGCAAACUAAGGUCUUAUAUGGGGCUAUUAAAAAUGGUUCAACGUAUGAUUUCUUUAAGAAUUCCAAGGAUAAAAUGUAUCGUAGAAUGUUCGAGAAUAUGGAAUCCAAUCCUGCAGUUUUUGUGAAGGGCAAUGAUGAGGGCGUAAAGAGAGUCAUAAGCGGGAAGAGUAAAUACGCAUUCUUUAUGGAGUCCACUAUAAUAGAAUAUGAGUUGAGGAAAAAUUGUGACCUUAAAAAAAUUGGAGGAGAAUUGGAUUCUAAAGAUUAUGGGAUUGCAAUGCCAGCUAAUUCUCCUUUUCGAACUCACAUAAACAAAGCCAUUUUGGAAUUGAAGGAAGCGGCAAGCUUAGACAAAAUCAAAAAGAAAUGGUGGGAAGAGAAAAAUAAACCGGAAAAGGAAUGCGAAGAUGAAACGGUUGAUAAAAAUGAUCAAGAGGGUGAUCUCGAGAUGAAGAAUUUGAUAGGCGCCUUCGUUGCCCUCAUCGUGGGGUUGGUGUUCUGCUUGUUCAUCACUGCUAUUGAAUUCACGAAUGAAGUCAGAAAUAUCGUAGUGAGGGAACAGGUUGGUCAUAAAGAAGUUUUUAUCAAGGAACUAAAGGCCUCACUCAACUUCUUCCAACUCCAGAAGCCAGUACUUCGUAACCCGAGCAGAGCACCUUCUCUUGCGUCCUCCAACGGCAGUGAGAAAAAGGAAACCCGAUCCAAUGUUAUUGAAAAUUUCCUUGAUUUCGAAAAAGAACCGCAGUGAAAAAAAACUUACUAUAGUUAAACUAAGCUUACGUUACUUCCAGGUUAUACAUAUAAGUAUAGUAUGCGCAACGGAGACUAAUCCUUAAUCUAUGGCAUAAAGGUACGGCACCCACACUUAAGGCAGUCUAAACUCUACUGUUUCUUUUAUCAUAAUACCUACAGUAUUUUAAGUAUAA